AUGGGAAAUGCAGCAACGUGUGAGGCGUGUGGAUCAGAUAGAGCGUUAAGGACCACUGGGAGUGACCGGAGUUUCUACAAACACUCUGACUACUACGGAUCUGCUGACUCUGGAUCUGAAGUUGAUGAUUCGCUGUCGGACAGUAACACCAGUUUCCUUCGAGCUGCCCGGGCGGGAAACAUCGACAAAGUCCUUGAACUCCUGAAAAAUGGAGUAGAUAUCAGCACUUGUAACCAGAAUGGUCUGAAUGCUUUGCACCUGGCAGCGAAGGAGGGACACACAGAUUUAGUGGAAGAGCUGCUGGAGAGAGGAGCCCCUGUUGACUCCUCCACCAAGAAAGGAAACACCGCCCUCCAUAUUGCCUCCUUGGCAGGACAGAAAGAAGUAGCAUGUAUACUGGUGAAGAGAGGAGGGGAUGUCAACGCUCAGUCACAGAAUGGCUUCACUCCACUUUAUAUGGCAGCCCAGGAGAACCACUUGGAGGUGGUGAGGUACCUGUUGGAAAGUGAUGGGAACCAAAGCAUUGCUACAGAGGAUGGCUUCACUCCACUGGCCAUCGCUCUCCAGCAGGGCCACAACGCCGUGGUCUCCCUGCUGUUGGAGCACGACACCAAGGGGAAGGUUCGCCUGCCGGCCCUGCACAUCGCUGCCCGCAAGGACGACACCAAGUCGGCCGCGCUGCUGCUGCAGAACGACCACAACGCCGACGUCCAGUCGAAGAUGAUGGUCAAUAGAACCACAGAGAAUGGGAAGAGUGGGUUCACCCCUCUGCACAUCGCGGCUCACUAUGGUAACGUGAACGUCUCCACGCUACUGCUGAACAGAGGAGCUGCUGUGGACUUCCCUGCCAGGAAUGGGAUAACUCCGCUCCAUGUGGCCUCCAAGAGAGGUAACACCAACAUGGUGGCCCUGCUGUUGGACAGAGGGGGUCAAAUAGACGCUAAAACAAGGGAUGGACUGACCCCCCUGCACUGUGCAGCCAGGAGUGGACAUGACCCUGCAGUGGAGCUGUUACUGGAGAAGGGAGCGCCGAUGUUAGCUAGAACCAAGAACGGACUGUCCCCGCUGCACAUGUCGGCCCAGGGAGACCACGUCGAGUGUGUGAAACUCCUGCUGCAGGAUAACGCGCCUGUUGAUGAUGUCACCCUGGACUACCUCACAGCGCUGCAUGUCUCAGCUCACUGUGGCCACUACAGAGUCACCAAGCUGCUGCUGGACAAGAAGGCCAAUCCCAAUGCUAGAGCACUGAAUGGAUUCACCCCGCUCCACAUUGCCUGUAAGAAGAACAGGGUGAAGGUGAUGGAACUGUUAGUCAAAUAUGGCGCCUCCAUCCAGGCCAUUACUGAGUCUGGUCUGACUCCAAUCCAUGUCUCCGCCUUCAUGGGCCACCUCAACAUUGUCCUGCUUCUGCUGCAGAACGGCGCGUCCCCUGAUGUCCGUAACAUUCGUGGUGAGACGGCUCUCCACAUGGCAGCACGAGCAGGUCAAAUGGAAGUGGUUCGCUGUCUGCUGAGAAAUGGAGCGCUGGUGGACGCCAUGGCCAGGGAGGAGCAGACUCCGCUCCACAUCGCAUCACGUUUGGGGAAAACCGACAUAGUCCAGUUGCUGCUUCAGCACAUGGCCCACCCUGAUGCUGCCACGACCAACGGGUACACUCCCCUCCACAUCUCAGCCAGGGAGGGGCAGGUGGAGACUGCUGCCGUGCUGCUGGAGGCCGGAGCCUCACACUCAAUGGCCACCAAGAAAGGAUUUACUCCAUUACAUGUAGCAGCUAAAUAUGGAAGCCUGGACGUAGCAAAACUUCUACUUCAGCGCAAAGCUCUUCUCGACGAUGCCGGCAAGAGUGGCCUGACUCCGCUUCAUGUGGCAGCUCAUUAUGACAACCAGGAAGUAGCUCUGCUGCUGCUGGAUAAAGGGGCUUCACCUCAUGUUACCGCAAAGAAUGGCUACACUCCUCUUCACAUCGCGGCCAAAAAGAACCAGAAGAAUAUCGCACUAGCUCUGCUGCAGUAUGGAGCAGAGACCAACGUUCUGACCAAGCAGGGAGUCAGCCCUCUACACCUGGCAGCCCAGGAAGGACACGCUGAGAUGGCCAGUCUGCUGCUGGGGAAAGGAGCCCACGUCAACACAGGCACCAAGAGCGGACUGACUCCUCUGCAUCUAUCAGCCCAGGAGGACAGAGUCAAUGCUGCAGAAGUUCUGGCCAAACACGAUGCAAACCUGGAUCAACAAACUAAGCUCGGAUAUACUCCUCUGAUCGUGGCCUGUCACUAUGGAAAUGGCAAGAUGGUGAACUUCCUAUUAAAGCAAGGAGCCGGCGUCAAUGCCAAAACCAAGAGUGGUUACACACCGCUUCACCAGGCUGCACAACAAGGAAACACACAUAUAAUCAACGUGCUCCUGCAACAUGGGGCCAAACCCAAUACUACUACAAUGAAUGGAAACACUGCUCUGUCGAUUGCUCGGCGCCUGGGUUACAUCUCUGUGGUGGACACACUGAAAGUUGUCUCUGAGGAGAUCAUCACAACCACAACGACGGUCACUGAGAAACACAAGCUCAACGUCCCCGAGACCAUGACGGAGAUCCUUGAUGUUUCUGAUGAAGAGGGUGAGGACACCAUGACAGGGGACGGUGGGGAGUAUCUGAGAGCAGAGGAUCUCAGGGAGCUGGGAGAUGACUCUCUUCCAGGACAUUACCUGGACGGCUUCAGCUACAUGAGCCACAACCUGGACAGGCAGCAGCACACUCCCAUUCACCAAAGCUUCCAUCAGAGAGAAGGCGUUCUCAUCGAAGACAUGCUUACCAGCCACCAGAUGUCAGCGUUAUCGAGAGAAGACAAGGAAUCCUUCCGUCUGAGCUGGGGAGCUGAGCACCUGGAUAAUGUGGUUUUGUCCUCCAGUCUGUUACACUCAGGCCAUUCCUCGCCGUGCCUAGACAAUGACAACAGCAGCUUCCUGGUCAGCUUCAUGGUUGACGCCAGGGGCGGGGCCAUGCGUGGUUGCCGUCACAAUGGCCUGCGAAUCAUCGUGCCACCAAGGAAGUGCUCUGCACCUACACGGGUUACGUGCAGGCUGGUGAAGAGACACCGUCUGGCGUCUAUGCCCCCUAUGGUGGAGGGUGAGGGGCUGGCUGGCCGCAUCAUAGAAGUAGGGCCCACUGGAGCUCAGUUCUUGGGUAAGCUCCACCUGCCCACAGCUCCGCCCCCUUUGAAUGAGGGCGAGAGCCUGGUCAGUCGCAUUCUGCAGCUGGGUCCUCCAGGAACCAAGUUCCUCGGGCCUGUGAUUGUGGAGAUUCCCCAUUUUGCGGCCCUGCGGGGCACAGAGAGAGAGUUGGUGAUCUUGCGGAGUGAGACUGGGGAGAGCUGGAGGGAACACCACUGUGACUUCACCGAAGAAGAACUGAACCUGAUACUUAAUGGCAUGGAUGAAAAACUUGAUUCUCCUGAGGAGCUUGAGAAGAAAAGAAUAUGCCGAAUCAUGACCCGAGAUUUCCCGCAGUACUUUGCGGUGGUCUCACGGAUAAAGCAAGACAGUCAUUUCAUUGGACCAGAGGGUGGGGUCCUCAGCAGCACUCUUGUGCCUCAGGUCCAAGCCGUCUUCCCUGAAGGAGCCCUCACCAAGAAGAUCAGAGUUGGGCUACAGGCUCAGCCCAUUGAUGUGGAAGUGGUCAGAAAGAUUCUUGGUAACAAAGCCACAUUUAGCUCAAUUGUGACACUGGAGCCAAGAAGGAGGAAGUUCCACAAACCAAUCACCAUGACAAUCCCGAUUCCCAAGAGCUCCAACCCUGACGAGCCGAGCUCGGGGUACAGUGGGGAGACCCCCACCUUACGUUUGCUUUGCAGUAUUACUGGUGGAACCACUCCUGCCCAAUGGGAGGACAUCACCGGCUCCACACCGCUCACCUUUGUCAACCAAUGUGUUUCCUUUACCACAAAUGUGUCAGCAAGGUUCUGGCUGAUAGACUGCAGACAGAUCCAGGAGUCCGUUAGUUUUUCUUCUCAGCUGUACAGAGAGAUCAUCUGUGUUCCCUACAUGGCCAAGUUUGUCAUUUUCGCCAAAACACUGGACCCCAUCGAGGCCCGGCUGCGGUGCUUCUGCAUGACGGACGACAAGAUGGACAAAACCCUGGAGCAGCAGGAGAACUUCACUGAAGUUGCCCGCAGCAGAGAUGUUGAGGUGCUGGAGGGAAAACCCAUAUUUGCCGACUGCUUUGGAAAUCUGGUGCCACUUACCAAGAGUGGACAGCACCACGUGUUCAGCUUUUUUGCCUUCAAGGAGAACAGACUGGCGCUCUUCAUCAAAAUUAGAGACACAGCGCAGGAGCCGUGUGGUCGCCUGUCCUUCACAAAGGACCCAAGGACGUACCGUAGUCUGAACCACAACGCUAUCUGCAACCUGAACAUCACCCUCCCAACAUACUCAAAGGAGUCUGAUUCAGACCAAGAUGCAGAUGACGAGAGUGAAAAGAGUGACAAGAAAUAUGAUGAAUCAGAAUCAACUGACUUCUCCCUGAGAACUAACCAACCUCUUGACCCCGCAACCCUUGCAAGUCCAGACCUUCUCUCAGACAUGUCGGACAUCAAAUUGUGUGCCAUUCUGACUGCAGGGCAAAUGAAUGAGGAGGGAACUGAAGUUGGAGCCUUUGAGCAUUUUGCCGAAGUGGAACAAUUCAAAGUCAGACUGGAAAAUGUUGCAGAGACUCAAAGAGAUGGACUGGAUAGCACUCGAAAAGAAGUGAAAGGUGGUGAUGCUAAAAAAGAUCAACAGGGUUCACUCUGUGAGACUAGGGCAGACACGAGUAUUUCACUUGUCAAAGAACAAGUCAUACAAGAGAUUUGCAUUGACAGGAAGACUUUAAGUGGAUCUACCACUGAGGUGAGAGACAUGUCAGGCAUGGUUUCACACCUUAACACAGACAUGGAAGAAUACUUUGAACAGAGACCAGUAGUGAUGAAGAGUUCUGAAGAAGAACAUGCCGAAGAUGGAACUGAAGAGGUUGUUGUCAAGCGUGAUGGCAAACGGCGUCCUCCAGAUAUCAAGAAACCUAUUAGGAAGAAACUCAGAGACAGGGAGCGAUCUGCAUGUAGCAGCUCUGAGGGUGAGCUGGAAAGGAUGAGCUCAGAGGAGUCUUUGGAUGGUGAUGUUGUUCUUAGGGAGAGUGGCCUUGUACCAACCCCAGUGAUGGAUCCUCCAGCUUCUCCUUUAGUGGUUGAAACAUCUAUAGGAUCUAUAAAAGAGAGAGUGAAAGCUUUACAAAACAAAGUUGAAGAUGAUGAGGUGCAAAAAAAUACUCAAGAUCCAACACAGGGAGCAAAAUUGUCUAUCACCACAAGGAAGAUGGAGGCAGACUUUCCAGAGCUUCCAAGAGUUCCCAAAUCCCCUAAAUCUCAAACAGAACGAUUAGAGGAGACUAUGUCUGUCAGGGAGCUAAUGAAAGCGUUCCAAACUGGGCAGGACCCUUCAAAAAGCAAAUCUGGGCUUUUUGAACACAAAGCUGUGACUUCUAAUGAUACAUUUCAGCAAACUCCACAGGAGCCACAAUCACAAAUCCAUCAGGACCCCACAACUUUACAUCAAGCGAGCGAUGUCAAGAAAUGCGACAAAACAGAUGAACCGGAUCUCUUAAUUCAAGAUAAUUCUGAGGAUACAGAGUUACGGUCCAAUAGUAAUAAUUUUAGAAAGACCGUGAAAUUUGUUGAUACACAUCCAUGUGAAGAUGGAAGAGUAAGCCUACAGAGAGAGACAGCAGAGUUGUCAGAAAAUGAGGCUAUGUCUGUAAAGGACCUGAUGAAAUCAUUCCAGUCUGGGCAAGAUCCAUCAAAAACUAAAGUGGGGCUAUUUGAACACAAACCUAUAGCUUCUGGUAUUUCAACAUUUAUGUCCCAGUCAGAAGUUUCUGAAGAGGUACAGAUGUUUAAACAAAGUCCUACGCAAGCGCCAAAAUCACAAAAUCAAGCUCAGAGCCUGAAAAUGUUCCAUUUACAAAGCGAUGUCAACAUACAUGGCGAGGCAGACUUGGAAGAUCAACCAACACAUGUGUCUGAGAAAGUGCCCUUGAAUUCCGAUGCUGCUCCUUCUGGUAAGACAGUAACAUUUGCGGAUACAGUUCAAUGUGACGAUGGAAGGGUUAUCCCACAGAUAGAGACAACAGAGUUUUCAGAGAAAGAGACCAUCUCUGUGAAGGAGCGGAUGAAAACAUUCCAAACUGAACAGGAAUCUUUAAAAGGGAAAAGUGGGCUAUUGGAACCCAAAGCAGUGGCUUAUUCUUGUAUUUCAACAAUCAUAUCUGAAUCUGUAUGUCCUGAACAAAAAGAAUGGAUCAAACUCAGUCCUACACAGGAGCCAGAAUUACAAGCACAAAUACAGAAUCCUGCUUUUUACCAUCCUGAGAGUGAUGCCAACAUAUCUGGAGCAUUGGAUGUAGAACCUCAAACUGCAACCCUAAAAAGAGAUGCCUCUGGGGAAUCACAACUAUUUUCUGGUACCACUUAUUUGGGUGAGACGGUCAUAAGUAAUAGUAGGAGUUCAUCUGUAGACAUGCAAAUCAGCCCUGAUCGUAGACCUUCUGAGGAUUUUAGUGCCGACAUAAAGGCUGAGCUGGAACAAAGUCCAGAGUACCAGCUAUUCAAGCAAACAUCCACAGCUGCAGAUGUUAGCAAACAGAUGGAGGAACCUGAGGAAGAGACCCUGGUAGAUGAAUCUAAUGCAAAUCCGGCAUCUAUAUUGAUUCCAUGUAUGAAAGAUUAUUUUGGGAAAGAUGUUUCUCGUUUUGAGAAUCAAAAGGAAGAUGAAGAACUAAGUCCUGACAUUCCGAAACAUGAAGGCAUGGCUGAAACCUCAGACACUAGUGUUGGUAUUAGGACCCCUCAUUCCAGCUCAGGAGAGAGCGACAAUUAUGAAGGCCCCACACUGACCUACCAAGUGAACAAUGAAAUGCAUACUUACUCUGCUGGAAGAGAAGAGAAGUGCAACACACCUUCACCAGAGGAGAAAAUGCAUGAAUCACGGAUGGACUAUAUGACUACUCAUGGAAACAAAAUCCUAUAUACACAAAUUGACACUGAAGUACCAGAUGUCAAAAUUGAGGAGGCAAAACUUAAAGAAGUCCACAUCGAGAAGAAAACAUCUAAUCAGACAUCCACUGCAGUAAGAGAUAUGUCAGGGAUGUUGUCUUUAAUGAGCAGUGAUUUGGAUCAGGAUCUACGAGCACAGCCUCUGGUACGACAGCCAUCAGAGGAAGAUGUUGUUCAGGAUAAAUUUGAACAAAUCAUUUUAACAAAGGACAAGGAUAAAGAAAUCCUCCCAUAUAUUACUGUUGAAAAUAAAGGAGCAAUUAUGGAUGGAACAUUGCAAGAAAUAGAUCAAGCAACAAUAGAAGACCUUUCAAUUACAAGGAGAGUUAACAAAACUCAACCAACCUUGACCGAAGAACUUUCAAUGAAGGAAGAUUGGGUAGAGAAAAAGACGUUGCAUCAUCCAUCUACAAAAGUAAAGGACAUGUCAGGCAUGCUAUCACUGCUCAGCAGUGACCUGGACCUCAAGGACAGACCAGUGGAAAGUAGACCUCGAGAGGAGGAUGUUACCCAAGAGAAAUUUGAAGAAGUCACUCUCACUAAGAUCCCCAAUUACAAAGAUCCAACAAAUGAGCAGCAAACAAUAACAGUUGUAGCGAGUGCUAAUCUGGAGGAUAAGAUUGAUGAAGAGUCAAAAGAACAUCGGCCGACUAAUGUGGUCGUAGUCAAGGAACUGAAACCAAAUCCUGUUUUGGAGACACCUGUCAAAGAAGUUUGUAUCCAGAGAAAGACUCACCAACAACAGUCUACAACUGAGAAGAAUAUGUCAGGCAUGUUCUCACUUCUCAGUGAUGACUUAGAUCACUAUCUCAAAGAAAAUCCAGUGGCAAUACAAUGCCAGCCAGAUGAAGAUCUAGUCCAUGAGAGCUUUGAACAAGUUAUACUGACAAGUUCUAAUUUGGAUGAUAGGAUAGGUGGACAGGCAAAUGAACACCUGCAGGCUGAUGUGGUUGAAGUCAGAGAACUGACGCCAAGUUCUGUUUUGGAGACACCAUUCCAAGAAGUUUGUAUCCAGAGAAAGACUCACCAGCAGCAGUCUACAGCUGAGAGGGACAUGUCAGGCAUGUUGUCACAUCUCAGUAGUGACUUAGAUCAUUAUCUCAAAGAAAAUCCAGUGGCAAUACAAUGCCACCCAGAUGAAGAUCUGGUCAAUGAAAGCUACGAACAAGUUAUACUGACACGUAAUAAUUUGGAGGAUAACAUAGGUGAAGAGGUAAAUGAGUACAUGCACACUGAUGUGGUUGGAGUCUCAGAACUGUCACCAAGUUCUGUUUUGGAGAGACCGUUCCAAGAAAUUACUAUCAUGAAAAAGGCACAGCACCCCCCUGCAGCUGAGAGGGACAUGUCAGGCAUGUUGUCACAUCUCAGUAGUGACUUAGAUCAUUAUCUCAAAGAAAAUCCAGUGGCAAUACAAUGCCACCCAGAUGAAGAUCUGGUCAAUGAAAGCUACGAACAAGUUAUACUGACACGUAAUAAUUUGGAGGAUAACAUAGGUGAAGAGGUAAAUGAGUACAUGCACACUGAUGUGGUUGGAGUCUCAGAACUGUCACCAAGUUCUGUUUUGGAGAGACCGUUCCAAGAAGUUACUAUCAUGAAAAAGAAAAAGGCACAGCAGCCAACUGCAGCUGAGAGGGAUAUGUCAGGCAUGUUUUCACUGCUCAGUAGUGACUUGGAUCAGUAUCUCAAGGAAAGGCCAGUUGCAGUAGAAUGUCAUCCAGUAGAGCAUCUAGUCCAUGAGACGUGCAAACAAGUUAUACUCACAAGUAAUAAUUUGGUGGAUAACAUAGGUGAAGAGGCAAAUGAGUACAUGCCCACUGAUGUGGUUGGAGGCUCAGAAUUGUCUGCAAGUUCUGUUUUGGAGAGACCGUUCCAAGAAGUUACUAUCAAGAAAAAGGCACAGCAGCCACCUGCAGCUGAGAGGGACAUGUCAGGCAUGUUGUCACUGCUCAGCUGUGACUUAGAUCAGUAUCUCAAGGAAAGGCCAGUUGCAGUAGAAUGUCAUCCAGUAGAUCAUGUAGUCCAUGAGAGCUGCGAACAAGUUAUACUGACACGUAAUAAUUUGGAAGAUAACAUAGGCGAAGAGGCAAAUGAGUACAUGCACACUGAUGUGGCUGGAGGUUCAGAAUUGUCACCUAGUUCUAUUUUGGAGAGACCGUUCCAAGAAGUUACUAUCAAGAAAAAGGUUCAGCAGCCACCUGCAGCUGAGAGGGACAUGUCAGGCAUGUUGUCAGUGCUCAGUAGUGACUUAGAUCAAUAUCUCAUGGAAAGGCCAGAUGUGAGACAAUACCACCAAGAAGAGGAUUUAGUCAAGGAGAGCUACAAACAAAUCAUACUAACAAAAGUCACAACAAGAGAAACUCAUUCACCCGAAGAUACAAACGUAGACGCUUCGGACAUCACUGAAAAGGUGGUUUUGGAAAGUCGAUGGAGUUUCUCAUCUGAGGAGGGUGAGGCUAAAGUCUCACUUGAUGCAGUGUCAGAUUUUAAUGACACUACCGAAGGGAUAGUGGGAAUUACAACAUCAUAUGCAACAGCUGAUAGCUGUAACAGUGAUCAUGAAGAUGUCAGUGUACUUGAUGCUCAUUCAACCUUCAAGACAGACAGAUUUUUACCACCAAGUAGUUCUCGCACACUACAGCGUCCAGGAGAUUUGGAGAACUUCAACAAUAUGUGUUUGAAUGACCCAGCUAAAGAGCCAUGUCAACGAGAUUCACUCGAGGCCAGCCCUCUUGAGGAGGAGAGAUCUUCAAAAAAAUCACCUGAUUCAAUUGAGCCAAGCCCUACUGGAGAAUCUCCUUCUCCAGAUUCUCUUGAGGGAAGUCCCACUAAAUCAGAGGGAUCCGGAUUUAAGAUGCCCGUCAAGACAGCUGUGUAUGAGGAUUAUGCUUCCCAGCUCAAAGCAUGUUUCGCUCUUGACACAAAUAUUUACAGGUAUGAAGGUGAACAUGAUGAGCAUGAAGAAACUGGCGUAAAUAUCCAAAUGGAAAGUGACAUUAAUGAUACCACUAAAAAACAGAUCACCCCAGAAGAGGAGAUGUUUAAAAUGGCUGCAAAAAUCAAAACAUUCGAGGAGAUGGAUCAGGAGUCUACAUUUAAGAGAGACACUUCUUUAGUGACUGGAGAUGUCAAAGACAAUGAACUAAAUCUCAAUGCUGGCCCAGUUACACAGUCCUUCGCACAAGAAACACCAGGGGAAAUGUCAGAAAAAUGGGUGAUAGAAGACAGUCAUACACUCUUUGAACCAACAGAUAUUAAUUCAAGUAUUACUUCGAGGGUAGAAAUUCAAUCUCAACUGAAAAGAACUCAAUCAGAUGAUGAUUCAUUGAAUUCACCUACAAAUGAGAGAGAACCUGAUCCAGACAGUGAUGAGUAUGUUCCAAUGUUUGAAGGAAGAAGAAAAGAAGCGCAAAUAUACCAAGAGAAAGAUGAGAGAGAAGGUGACCAUGCCUCAGUCAAUGACACACAAUUUCCCAGCUUUGUGAGAGAUGAGCACCAUCCAGAUGACGAUGAAGUUGAGUUUCCUCUGACAGACAGCUUAGAUACUAUCAGCAGACCUGGGUGUGAGGGUGACAUUGAUGUUGCCCUGAAUUCACAGGUUAAGGCAGAGAAACAGAUGAAUGUUUGUCCUGCAGUGGACAGAACAACUAAUCGGACUCCAGCUGAUGAGACCACUGAUCCUGACCCAUUUCAAUUUCAAGAGGGCAAGCUGUUUGAAAUGACCAGAGGGGGAGCUAUUGAUUUGACAAGUUUUGACGAAGAAGGGGAAGGAUAUGCAUUUUUUCAUAUUGGGGAGCAUCCAAUUGAUGAAGUUGUGGCAGAGGAGAAAGGGGAAGGUCAGUCAGUCAUUACGUCUUUAUCUUUAGAAAAUAGUUAUUCUUGUACCGACACAACCCCUCAAACGAUCCCCACAUUUCCUCUGGCUCAGAAUACCAAUGAGAAUAUUCCUAUACCCAAACCCAGAAUGCUCAUCAAUCACUCAAGUAACAAGUCAGAGAAUGAAAAGCCCCUUUCUGAAGCUAAUCUUGGCAGCUCCAUUGAGACUCAGCUUGGUUCCCCUAAUGCUUUGGAGAAACUAACCAAUGUGCAAACUGAGGUUGGAAGCCUUGAGAGCUUUGGUCUAGACUAUCUAGACUCUACUGUAGCUGAGCUUCAAUUAGAAGCAUCCUCAGUUGUCCAUUCGGCAUAUUCAGAGCAAAGCCACAACUCCACAGAUUCUUCUAACGAUGAUGAUGAGGGGGAGGAGGAAGAUGAAGAGGACCAGUGCUCAGUCAUAGAGGUGUCCAUUUCAGAUGUGCAGGCUGUCAUCCCAGCAUAUCAUCAGGAUGCAACCCCACCAUUUGCUAUCAGCCCAAGCAGCACAAUUCAAGAGGCUUCCCAUUUCAAAUCAGAAGUAAUUUCCAAAGACUCACAGAUGACUGUGCUUGGUCAAGUUCAAAGAAAAGCAGAUAAAAGCCUAACCAUGGAUCGUAGAACUAGAUCUCAGACUGAUAGUGUCAGUAGUAGAACCUCUAAUAAAGACUCAAGGAGUUAUUCAGAGAGCAGUCAAUCCUCUUCUAAAGCAAACUUUCCCCUUUCCAAACCUCUGGUCAUCUCCGACCAGAGAAAAGAAAACCAAAUUUCUAAGACUAUAGAAACAUCUGUUAGGUCGUCUUUGGAUAUUGAUGAUAUAAGCAGUGCCAGUCACAAGAGCCCAGAUUCUGUUAUCUUCACAUAUGACAUCCCAGCCUCACAUAGUUCAGAUUCUGAUGGCAAUCCGUUGAUAUGCCUGAAACCAUCCUCUGGAAAAGCAGAUGUAUUUGAAUCAAGGCCUGCCUGGGAAGACACGGUGGAAACUCAGAUGCAGAGAAUCACCGAUGACCAAACUCCAGAAUUGGAUUGGCAGGAUGAUGCUGACAGGAAAGAGGAGACAUUAGCUAUCAUUGCAGAUCUGCUUGGCUUCAGCUGGACUGAGCUGGCAAGAGAACUUGAAUUUAGUGAGGAGGAUAUCCAGUCAGUGAGAGCAGAGAAUCCUAAUUCUCUCCAAGAGCAGAGCCAUGCCUUGCUACAGUGCUGGGUUGAGCGGGAAGGUAAACAUGCCACAGAGGACUGUCUAAUUAAGAGGCUAACCAAGAUCAACCGCAUGGACAUAGUCCAUCUUAUUGAAACUCAGAUGAACAAGUCAGUUCAAGAGCAAACAUCUAGAACUUAUGCAGAGAUUGAGAAGACCCUGGAUCACAGUGAAGUGUCAGUUGCCCUAUCUUCUGUGCAAGAGGAUGUAGACAGCCCCAGGGUUGUGAGAAUGGUGGAGUCGGAUCGCAGACCACCCCCAGCUGUUUCUGAAGAGGACCUGUCAGUUGCUUCCCUACUGGAUAUUCCUUCCUGGGCAGAGCCUGCUGGACAUACCCACUCAGAGAGCUUCCAUGGUGACCUGUUGGACGAGCUUGAAAUCCCACAGGAAUUAAACCCUAAUCUGUGGACCUCUGAGGAUGUAAUUACACCGGAACCUACAUGUUACGACAACUCUGAUGAGCAAGUAUCAACAGCUUCUUUCAAGACCGAUCUUUCAGAACAAGAAAAAAAUGUUGAUGUAGGACAGAGUCAGGUCUUUCCAACCGAGCAGCCACCCUUGAUUGAUUCAAAUGAUUCAGACACACUUACCACUCAAAAACUAGGAUUGCAGAUUCCAAGUACAUUUGACCUAUUUGAAAUGAAAUCUGAAAUUACAUUGACUGAUCAGAGUAGCUCACCACAGGAAAAGGAUAACCAGAUGUCUUUCCCCACACAAAGUGAAGACUGUGGCUUAGCUGAACCAAGCUCAGUGACCCCAGACUCACUCUGUCUAAUAGCCCAAGACAGUACACAUGAUAAAAUCAUCAUGUCCUCAGAGUCCACUCCAACACCACCAGGGUCUGGGUCCCCUCAGCUUGAUCAGCUACUGUCGGAUCUGGAGGAGAUGAAACAGAAGUUUAGUCCAGAGGCACUUAGCCCACUUCUGUCAGAAUCCAGCGCUGAGAGGCCUGCAGUUGAUCAAAGUCACAAGUUUGAAGAUCUUUCGCCUGAAGAUCAAUGUCCUACAGAUGAUGAUGAUACCGUAAGAGGGAUUUCUGUUGUGCAGCCCACGAGUGACAGUAAUCCCACAAACAUCGAAGAGACUGCACAUUUCCAGACAUCCCCUCAAGAUGAACCUGAAUUAGUCCCAACUGCUCCCGAUCAAGCAAAUACCUCUGAGACAAGUGUACCAGCAAGUUCUGCUAGAGAUAAAGAUGGUCCUGCAUCCCCUACUGAGUCACAUUCAAUCCCAGAAUCUCCCCAAAGUUUUUUUGAAGCAACGGAACCAUUAAGUUUUCCUUUGGACAUAUUCGAGUACAACACAUAUGGUGAAAAUUCUUCUGAGACAUUUUCAUCAGCGUCUUCGCCUAGAAUAGCUUGUCAUUCUGACAUACCUGAAAACAAUCUGGCUGUUCAGGCUGAGCAAGAUUCUACAACUGAGGUUAUUCACGGAAAAGAACAGCAUGAAUCAACUACACCUUAUAAUUUCUCAUGGGAUGUGACCGAAGAAGCAUCAACACAGAGUAUGUAUCAACUUCCAUUUUCGUGGGGGGUGACCUCUGUGGAAGCUGAUCAGACCGAAGACGUUUCCUCCCAGUCUCUUUCUGAUUUGACACCUGAGACAGUUACGUGUGCAAGAAAUUUUUGCUUUGAGGAAUCGAUCCCAUUCUCCUCUUCAAGGAACGUAGAGACAUCUUCAGAAGAGGAUAGUCCAAGGAUCAGUGGACAGUAUUUAGAAGAAUCAGUAGAAGACUAUGAAUGUUUUGCCUCUCAACCCACUUCAGUUGAACCUAAAGCAGAGAGGACUUCAUCGAGUACUGAUGAGGAAUAUAUCAUUACACCUGGAUACUCAGAGACCACUUCUCCUGCAACCUUCAAUACCUGCGUGCCUCCCAGAUAUGCGGACGUUGUGCAAGGUGGUGCAGACUGCCCUACCUUUGAAUACUAUGACCCAGAGCCAUUCUUUGAGUGCAAACAAGCUACGUCGGAUUUGUCCGAGACCGAGCCCGAUGAACCUGAGUCAAGAUCUAAGCCAAGUGAAGGGCUACCUCUGGAUUUCGUCAGCCAUUCUAGGAUGAAUCGAGGAGAGCUUUUAUCCUCUGGAAGUGAAGAUUACGAGGAUGCUCCUUUUGUCCACGAGCCUCUUCAGAGUGUAAACGAAGAGAGUGAAGAAUUAAUACACUAUUCAGAAGCAUCCGAUGACGAAUUCACCCUAUGUGAGGCUACACAACCGCCCCCUGUCUGUGACAUUGGGGCAUUUGAUGAAACUGAUAAAUCUCUGACAAGGGAGAUCACUGCAGAGCUCGGAUCAAUGUCCGAAAGUUCAGACGAUGAAUUUUUGACCACCAGAGUAGUGCGGAGAAGAGUUGUCAUACAGGCUGAUGAAAUGCCUGACCUGCCCACUCAGUCCGUGACAGAGGAGCAGUACCAGGACGAACAUGGGCACCUUGUUGUCAAAAAGGUAACCCGUAAAAUUAUCCGCAAAUGUAUUUCUGCCGAUGGCGUGGAGCGUGAGGAGGUGACGUUGGAAGGAGCUCCGCAGGCAUCCAUCAGUGUAGCAGAGGGAGACGGUUACUCCAAAGUUGUGAAGCGGACAAAACUGAAGAGUGAAGGAGAACAUACAGAGGUAACAUUUGCUGAAUGUGAGGGUUUCUCCGCAUCAAGGCAGGAGUCAACCGAGGGUUGCCAGGUCAGUCUCGGGGAAAGAACAAAGGUGCUGGAGGGUGAAAGGACAAUGACGCACCAGGGAGAUCCAUCUUUGGCAUCUGACCUCCCCACGGCCCAAGAUGACUUCAAACAGGCACUAGGUUAUAUAAGUGGUUCAAGCAGAACAGAGCUCCCUCAUGUGGUAGAGAGAGAGACUGUCAAAGAAGAUGGAACUGUGGUCAGGAGGGCUCACAUGCGUAAAGGUCGCACCCUCCGACGGACGGUGGUGAAGGGAGCUGGACGGCGCAAACAGGUCCUGCUCGAGCAAGUGGACAAUCCCAGGAAAGGGCCAAAACUAUGCGUGCUCCAGGAGCAUCUCCACCAGCUCUUUCAUAAUUUCCACAAAGAAGACGAGGAGGACACUGAUGAUGACGAAGAGGAGGAGGAGGAGGAGGAAGAAUAGAGGAAUGUGUAAUACUCCCCCUUCCCCAUGACUUCCUGGCUGUGUCAAUGCUAAAGCACCACCCCCCUUAAUCCUAUGCAUUAGCCAACUGUAAUCUCAGUGUGCACCAUUGGCACCUCAAAGCUACCACAGUCUUCCCACUGAAGUCCUGGAAGAAGACGUCCUGUUCCCGAUGUGGAGUUCUCUUCCCUGGCUGGUGUCACGUUAUUCAUGAUUUUUCUUUCAUGUUCUGAUGUUGUUUUUCGCCUUUUUGUGACCAAAGAAAUCCUUUAUGUCCCCCCCCCCCCCCCCGAUUUAUUUUACUUUCCACCUUUGAAUUGUCUCUGAAAUUAUUGUUUUGAUUCUGUGGUAGAGCAACAAAAAAAAAAAUAAGAAAAAGGUCAAAUAUAUCUCACAUCUACUAACUCACAAAGGUGAAGAACACUUUUCCUGCUCAAUACUGCUACUGCUCUCGGUGCUCGGACUGAAAGACGAUUAUUUCACACAGCGCUGCCUCUCACACCCAGAGUAUCUCAGAUAUUCCUAACUGAAAAAAAUAUAUAUAUAUUUCACUCACUUUACUAGCUGUACCUUUGAGUCAGGUGGUAUCAACACUGAAUUUAACUGCUGCUGCUGCUGCUGCUGCUGUGUUUUGUGUCGGCUAUGUGUAAUCAGUCUUUGGGAAUUAUAUAUUAUCUAUAAUCUAGACAUUACCGACAUCUGUAGUGUAGGAAUUAAUAAUCACUCAUGUGAAGUAGAGCAGGCAUGACUAAUCAACAUCCGUCAUUAUGAUCCUAGCUUUGACUGCUUGUAAUUCGAUGGAUGGCCCUUUCUGCUUGUCUUUUCCUUCUGUGUGCGUCUAAUUUUCUGUGUUACUAUAUGUGUACUUCAUUUUUUUUUUUACAGGGUGGGGAUUGGAUCUUGACUCAUAUCGUUUCGCUGGUGAAUGUGUGAGUGAGGAUGUACCAUAGCUCCCGUAUGUUUUGAGUUUGUCCAUGCAUGUGUUGAGUUAAAUAUUAUUUUAAUAAAUUUUUUAAGCUUACUAGUUAAUAGAGUUUAAUCUUUACUUUGACAGCCAACUAAAGGCUUCUUUUUACAGGGAGGUACCACAGAAUUUGCCGCAGGUAAAUAAGAAAGUGGUUUUAGAGUCUGAUACAACACAUGCACUAAUGUGUUUCUGCUUUUAUGUUAGAUUUUAUCUUUUGAACUAGAAAGUGUUGCACCAGGCGUUUGGAGGUUGUGUGCGUGUGUGUGUGUGUGAGAAUGAGUGUCAGUAAACGGGUUUUUGCUAGUUUCAGCAAAGAAAAAAAAAAAGUUUAUUUUCCACAAACCGCAUUUGCACUCCUGAAUGUCGGGAGGAGACACCUCCUUGCUUUUUGUGCACAGGAUAUGAGGUGCAGUAUAUCGUAGCCACAGGGAUAGUCUCUGACAGAUGAUGAUACCGCAGACUUACACGUAAUGAGGCAGGUUGAGAGCUUAAAUCUAUCAUUAUUCACAGCUCUGCGUAUCGCUACUGUAUGUAUCUACAUGUAAUGUAUUUAUUUCACUAUCACCGUUUACUUUGUGAUUUAGAAACAUGUAAAAUGCAAACUAGUGGAAGUUCACUGUGACAGGUAUGCUUUUAAUUUGAAGAAUCAGCAUCCCUUUUUUGUGAUGAUGACAGUUAUAGACAUAUACAAUGCAUAUAAAUAUCUAUAAGGGCAUGUAUUACUGUAUCAAAAUUCAAAAAGACAAAAACAAAACGGCUGCAG